ACCAUAAUCAUUUCAUUCGAUUGGGGUUCGUGAUCUCGUUAAUUGAUUUGACCAACGCUUCUCAUGUCUUGCAUAAAUUUCCUACUUAGAAAAGUUUUUUUCAGCUGUCAGAAAAUUUGUAAAAUUCCCUUCUUUUUAUCGUGAAGAUUUAUCUUUGAAAGAUGUAAUUCCUAUACGGAUAUUUGAUGAUUUUCAUUGGUAUUCACCGAGAAUCGUUUCGGAUUUUGCUAUUCGUUUGGUCGUUCAAGGUAAAUUAGAAAGGACGUGUAUAAAAUGCGAAUUUGUUCUUCGUUACCUCCUCCCCACCACGUGGCCCUUGCCGUUGCCCCUUUCACGGUUUGAUGUUUCCCCUUCUACCGACGCACACAAACACACCCUUCCACCCACACACACACUCAUACACACAGACACUCUCUCUCUUUCUCUCGCGGACGCCUUUACGCUGCUCCCAACCUGACAGUGUCCCUGUAUCCUCGCAACACUCCUUCCUAUACGGUGAGCGGGAUAGUUUUCGCCCGACGCGCCCUUCCAUCAAAGCUACCAAACGAGGAAAGUACGGCUAAGCCAUUUCUAUCGUCGUCCGUCAUUAGUGCACGGAUCGUGUGUUGUCAAUCAUCGGAUCCGUGUCGUGCCGACGAGAUGUGAUUUGCAGGAUCUAUGACGGGAAAAGUACUUCUUAUGGAUCGGGAUGCGAAGACUCGUGAUACGCAUGGUAAAGCUCCGCCUCGUCGUACCGUCAAGUCUCUUUUUUAUUUCUAUUUUCACUCGGAUUCUUUCUCAUUGUACACGGUAGAUUGAAAAUCAAUUUAAACGUCAUUAAAAAGUCUUCACCGUUUAUCGCAUUUCGUUGCACCGCAAAUGGUUUUAAUUAAAUACCUAUAGAUUUGUUUAUCUUGUUAAUAAUAGAGAUGACUAAUUCAAUGAAAAGAAAAAUUAUUAAAAAUUACUUUAAUGUCUAAAAAGACAGAGACUCGCUGUUAUUGUGGUUUUGUACAAAUGAUCGUCCUCCUACAAACUUGUAAACAUAUUUCGUGUCGUGUCGUACGAUAGGAAAACACGUUUACUUCUUCACGAUACAUUGCGCAUAGAUCGAUGUUAAAUUUUUCUCGAAUCGUACCAAUAUUCAACGCACAUGCCAACAUUCCUGUCGUAUUUAAAAAUUAUAUAUGUAUAUAUGUACAUGAAAAUGAGAUCGCAAAUAGAAAUAAAUUGGCGAAAGGUCGGGCUUCCGGUUCUCGAAAUUUAGGAAAGUUUAUGGCAAGCAUCGUCGAUGCCCGCAAUGCUUUACGCUUUAGCACAGUUUCUAAAGAUAUCGGCAGCACGGAUUCCAAGUUCGAAAAAUUUGGAAAUAUCUACGAUCAAUACGUUCGUGAAAACACUCGUCAUAUAAUACGUAUAUACAUAUAACAUAAUGUAAAGAAAAAGAUAUCUCGCUAAAUUAAAGUAGGUUGGCACGUUUCCAAGUAAAUCGUCUGUCGUCAAUGCCGCGUAAUUUAUUUUAUCGAUUUGACUGUAAUCGAUAUUAUUGCAGUACGUCGUUCAAAUGAAACUCGUUCUUUUUUUUUCUUUUUGUUUUUUCCUUAUUCCUUGCGUCCAUGCUUCUUCUCUUUCAUCCCAUUUUUCUUCUUUCUCAUAGGAUUUAAAUCAGACAUUAUCUUUCAUCUCUUGCCUCUUUGAUCCUAUAUCUAUUGUCUUUCGUGACUAUAUCUCUAUGUCAAACGUUUACAAUCAGUUUUAUUCACAUUUUCGUCUUAAAAUAUAAAUCCCUCGUUGAUUGUGAAUAAGUGUGUAUUCCCUUGGGAAGAGCCACUUUCGAACGUUUACAUUUAUUCAAAGGCUAAAUACUCUUGUGGAUUCGCGAAAAAAAAAAAAAAAAGAAAGGAGGCUAAACGCGAAAAGACGGAUCGAUAUUUCGAUUACACACGAUAUGUGUACGACAAAAAAGAAGAAAAAUAAAAGAUAUUUCUAGGAUUCAAUGAAUUUUUUUCUCUGAGGCAAGCAGAGGGACGAAGAGGAACGGUUGGUCUUUAAUCAUGCUCGCUCGUUGAAAAAAAGCGCUUCGAGAGGAGAUAGCUACAGCAAGGGAGGUGGGUUGGGACAGAUAUACAAAAGGAAAUUCUGAACCUGUGCUUUCCAGCUUCCAGUCAGCGAAUGAAUUUCUCUGUGAACGGAAUGUAUCUCUUUCGCUCGUUGGUCAAUUUUCUUCUUACAUAAAGUCGAUUUAUAAGCGCUAUCGAAAUCGCGACCAAGCCUUCCGAGCGUCGCUUCGAAGAACGUAAGAUAGAUAUAUAUAUAUAUAUAUAUAUAUACAUAUACAUAGAGAGAGAGAGAGAGAGAGAGAAGAUAGAAAUAGAAACAAUACUCAGCUAGAAAAAUAACCCAUGACGAAUCAUGAUAGCGCGAGGACCAUCAGAGAAAAUAGUUUGGGGAGAUGGCUUCUGCCGAUCCGACAGACUUUCGAUAUCAUUAAGAACAACUCGAAAAUUUAAAAUUCGAUUUUAACGUUCGACCGUCUCAUAAAAUACUCAGAAGAGGCUAAGAAGAAAAACGGGAAGAGAUUAAAUAUCGUCGAUUCGUGCGAUUCGCCAGCAAAAUACGAGCUUAUGUGUUGGUGAUGUGUUGGUCGAGGAUAGUGCUUCAGGAACAAUGCGAUCUUCGCGAUAACGAGGAUCAAAUCGGUUCGUCGGAGAGAAAGAGAGAGUUAAAGGGGCUGAGGACUCCCUGGGAGGCUGAAAAAGUAAGUCCUGGGGAAGCGGAUUCUUGCGAUUAAAGACGAUAAACUCUCUUGUUAUAAUACGAUAUAACGUUGAGGACGACGGCGUUUUAUCCAACGUAGACAACAUGGGGAAUGGCAUGAAUAAGGUGCUUCCCGGCCUUUACGUUGGUAAUUACCAGGACAGUAAGGACGCAGAUCAACUGGAAAGGUUCGAGAUAACUCAUAUCCUGGCGAUUCACGACACGGCUCGUCGAUUACAUUCUAAUAAACAUUACUUAUGCAUCUUAGCCGCCGAUAGGCCGGAUCAGAAUUUAUCGCAAUAUUUUUCUCUCUGUAACGAUUUCAUCCACGCUGCUCGUUUGCGCGGUGGCAAUGUUCUAAUACAUUGCCUGGCGGGCAUGUCGAGAAGUGUGACGGUCGCAGUCGCCUAUAUCAUGAGCACCACAAAUCUAUCCUGGAAGGAGGCACUUAAGGUCGUGAGAGUAGGUCGUUCUAUCGCCAACCCAAACGCUGGCUUUCAACAACAGCUCGAGGACUUUGAAUCGAGCCGUCUUCAGGAGGAACGACGAAGAUUGAAGGAACGAUUUCCUAGUCUCGCACUCGCAGAAUCCGAUGCGGAAGCAUGUAGAGCCACUCUUAAAAAUUACGAGGCGUUGGUGCAAGCACGAGAAGUUUGCGAAGGCAAAUGUGCCAUGGGCCGACCUUGUCCCACUGGUCUCUGCCGUCAACCGUCCAAGAGGACUCCCAGAAGACGAUCGUCCUCCAGUAGUUCCGGAAAUUUGACACCUGGUAGAACACCACCACAAACGCCAAGAAUGCUUCCAUCCGCACCACCCUCGCCAGCCCUACCUAGAUCAGCCAGCGUUAUGUCUACUACUCGGCCAAGAAGCGGUCCAGCAGGUUUACAUUCUUACACCGGAUCUGCGCCUCCCUCCAGGGCCGUUUCGAGGGUGGAUUUAUCAGCUGCCGUAGCUUGCAGUAGCAGUAAUACGAAUUUAGCUGCCGUUGGCAGGUCCAUUACACUUUCCGGUAGUAACUGGAGAUUAACAGCGGGAUCAGCACCGACCACACCAAGGCCGACACCUCCGGUAUCGCCUCAACGAUGGCCGAGGCGACUCUCCCGGCAAACACCGCAAUUACCUGUACCAUCGGAAGCUCAUUCCUCGAUGACGUAGCAGCACAACAAGAUCACUCUUUUCAGUCUUCUGGAAUGAAGCCGAGAAACAUCAUCCACGAGAGAAACGGUGCAGAUCUCUUCAACUUGUAUUCAAGACGCUUUGUCUUGAAUUUCUUCUCUUCCUUGACAACUUUUUCCUUCUCUCUCUCUCUCUCUCUCUCUCUCUCUCUCUCUCUCUCUCUCUCUCUUUUUUUCUUUCUUUCUUAAUUUUAAGGUGGCUGCUUCACGAUCGUCAAGUAAGACCAUGGGAAAUAUUAGGACCGAUACUGCUUUUUUUAAAAUAGGUCUAAUAAUAAUCCGCCAAUCUGCGAUCGUUUCUGCAUCUCCGCUUCACCUCGAAUUCGGUGUAUACUUACUACUUAUUGGGUUAAUCAGUCGCCUUAUACGAUGUCAAUGAGUAAUAUGACAUCCCGCGGCCAAGAGGCAGAAAAACGCUGGCUAAUUUGUAUAUCAUACGGGUUUAACGGGUCGAGAGUAUUUAUGUUGGUAAUUCGCGAGAUUGAUAAUACAUUGAUGGGAAAGAAAAAAACUUUGACCGAUUUUGUACGUUUGUAAAAUCAUUAAUCGUCGUGGUAUCGGUACGAAAGACAAAAAAAAACUCAAUAGGUCGAGUAAAAAAGUAAGAAGGUUUUACUCAAAAGAAAAUUUUUCUGAUAAGUAAACAUACGAUGAGAAUUCGAAGGAAAUUCUAGAAGCAAAGUGUGAUAUGUUGUUUUAUCACGUUAUCCCAUCACCAAUUUUGUUCGCAACCGUCCAAAUAAUUGUUGGCUUUGUAGCAGGAUCGCGCUAUUUAUCGCGAAUCGUUGUUGACACUCUGAAAAGUAUACAUAUAAACAUGUGUACAUAUAUAUAUAUAUAUAUAUACACAUGGCCGAGUGUCACGUUGUUACGAGGGGUUUUCAAAGAGAAUAAUACGUAGUUAUAUGUAGAUUAAUGAAAAAAAAUAUAUAUACAUACAUACAUACAUACAUACAUAUAUAUAUAUAUAUAUUGUAAAAUAUGUAUAUAUAUAUAUAUAUAUAUAUAUAUAUAUAUAUAUAUUUCACAAGCACACGCACGAUUUACAAGUAAUGAUUGAUAUAUAAUGAAAAGAGGAAAAAAAAGUAGCGCGAAAUUUGGCAUGCGUGUUUUUAAGACUCGCUCAAAUUUAUUUAUUAAAUGAUUCUUUUCUCUUUAUCUUACAAAUAGUCUCUCAUCGUUGCGUUUGCAAUUAUCGAAAUUUCUUUUUCCUAUAAAUUUAGAAGAAAAACAAUGAUUAAAGAGGAAAUGUACAGACUACUUUCUCGUUCUUAACAAUCACAUAUUAACAAAUACAUACAUAAAUAUGUAUCCACCGAUUUAAGUACCGGAUACUGGCUGUUAUAUUAGUUGUAAUAUUUUGUAAUAACACCGAAUAUAUUAUUGUUUUCAUAGGAACUUGCGUAUUCGCUAAGUGAAUAAGAUGAACGCGAAAGUAAAAACGGCGUAAAGCGAUGUUUUUAUCCAAGCAAUCACUGUGUAUUUAGGGCAAUUAAUUCCACUGUGCUGCGAUGAUACUGAAGGAACCAAAAAAAAAAGAUCGCGUAGACUAGACGAUAAAUGCAAUAAAUUGUAAUCGUAUUUUUGUGCGCCUUUCGAAAAUUAGAAAGAACGUUUGAUCAUUCUUUCUGCGAAAUCUUCAUGAUACGCUUUCGAUUCGAAAAAAGAAAGAAAAAAAGUAAAAGCAUCUACUAUAUCUCUCUGUAAUUAAUUACUGUCGCGUAAAGAUCAUAUACGACUCUUCCCGUAUAUAGAUAUUUAGAAAGUAGGAUAUCGAUGCGUCAGAUCGCUUCGAAAUCGAAGAGUAACAUUCUCGAAGAAGGUUUUCCAUCGUCUGUCAAACAUUAACCAUACGAGAAUCUGUAGUAUACUUGUUAUAUUUUCACGGACAAGCGGCUUAACUGAAGUAAAUAUAUAAUAUUAAUGCGAGUAGAUCGGUGCGAUGAAUCGCGUAAAAAUAUUAUUGAUCGAAAUAUUUCGUUGUCGAAACGAAAAUAUACAAGUGAAAAAUUAAUUGGCCAUUAUAUUAAGAAAAUCAAACGAAGAAAACGUGUUAAAAAUUCGUACUUAUCUAAGAAAAGCUCUUCGAAUAAUCCGCUUGUUCGAAAGCGCAGACAAAACAUCCUAAAAAGUAACAUAUUUUAUUGUUGCAAUAUUCUACUUUUUUACAAUGCGUUCGCGUGCCCUAAUCGCGCGCAAUAUUUAUUACGUACAUAGAUGCUCCAUGAAAACUUUAUUCGUGUUCUUUGGCAAUUUCUAAACGUGUGUAAUGAAAUUUCGAAAUUGUAAUAAAGAACGACGAAUUGUUGUGUCGAGGAUUUAUAAAAAUAUCGAUCGGAAGAAGAAAAUAUCUAUUUAACGCAAGUACGUGCGAUUUUUUUAUUAAAAAAUAUCAAAGUUUAGAAGCAGCACUUGGAAAGGAAAGUUUUCUAUAACGAAACUAUAUAAAAUUGUAUCAUUGUUUCAUAUCAAUAGAUCGCUGGUCGAUAAAAGUUUUGAAAUCAACAUAUGUACGCGUUCGUGAGACGGUAUCAAUUAUUUUUUUACGGUUGGUUAUUACGUCGGUUAUAUCGAGCGAUUCAAAAUUCUUGGCUUAAUGAAAUAACAAAGAUUAAUGAAAUAACAAAGAACGUCGUUAAUGAUGUUACAUGAAAUUUUCAAUCUACUUCAUUUAUUUUUCUAUUCUCUCCUCCUCCUCUCGUUGUCAUCUAUUCUCGGAGAAUAAAUGCAUAGAAUAUAUGGAAUGUUAAUUACAAUAUGAACGAUUAAAUGCUACGCCCUAACACAUAACUUUGUUACUCACAUAGAAAUGGCUAAUUACCAAUUAAGAUAUUCUAUGAUUUAACUUAGAAAUGCUGAUCAUGAUUAUUAAGAAAUGUAAACGUUACGCAUGCAGUUCAUUUUCAAUAAUUCCAUUCGAAUCGUACUCGUCUCAUGAGGAAUAUACUACUUGAAAUUAUUUCAUUGAAAUGUAAUCUAAUCUCUUUUUCGAAUCUUGUUUCUAAACGACCAUGACACGACUAUGAAGCAUAUUCGAACGACUCUAUACCAUUCAUUAUAAUGUACAAGUGUGAAGUCUACAAUUUUAUUUCACGAUCGUCCCAACCUGCGAAGUAAUCCAAACUGUUCGAUUAUUAUAUGUAUCGUUUAUAGUGAAAUGGAGCGAUAUAUGAAACAAAUCGCUCAAAUGUGAACAACAUUUUUGUUGUGUGAACAACAAUUUAACGUUGAAUUUAUACGUUGUUGAUAACUAUAAAUAUGUAUGAGAUGAGCAUAUAAAAAAUUUUACAUACAUAUAUCGACAUAUACACAUACGUCGAUCAUGCGAUCAGCUUACAAAGUCAAUCGUUUUAGAUAUUCAUAGAUGGACAUAAAUGCACCGUUGCAUUCGUUCAAGUAUUUUUGAUACAUCCGAAUAAAUCUGUGAUGCGUCUUAUUUAAACGCACUACAUUUCAUAUCAUCGUUCGUCGGUGUUACAUCUCGAUGAAUUGUCUAAUGUUAAUUGAAAAGUAUUAUACUCGCAUCAUUGAAAUAGAAAUAAAGUUUGAGAAAGCUUA